GGGGAAGGAGGGAGCAUCUACGAACAAGAGGCUGCCGCCGGGUUGCGCGCUCACACAAGCCUGCACGGAGGGCAGCCGCGCCCGGGUGCUGCACCCGCCCUGACCCAGCCGGGCGCUUCUGAUCCCAGCGAGCCCAGACUGGGGAAAGCCAGCUGCGAGCGCCCCGAGGCUUCGCGUGCCAGAUGAGCGCCAGCGCACUUGAGCCGAGCGCGUGUCAAGCCGCGGGACACUUAACCCGCGACAAGAGUGUCGUGAGAAUGCAGCCUCGGCUCCAAACCAAUGCAUGAGAAAUCGGGGCCCAUGUACAGCCUGGACAAGCCGGAAUCCUGGCACAAGGAGAAGAACUUGGGUUCUCCGAAUGGCAGCCUGAAUUUGAAUAAUGCUGUAAAGAAUGAGGAACUCAAGAAAUGUCACCAAGAAGUCACGGCUCCCAAUAAGUAUAAUUCUCAGUAUCACAAGUUAUUCAAGGACAUCCCCACUGAGGAAAGCGUGGUUAAAGUCUGCUCCUGUGCCCUUCAGCGAGACAUCUUGAUCCAGGGCCGUCUCUACAUUUCUCCAAACUGGCUCUGCUUCUAUGCAAACCUUUUUGGGAAGGAUAUCAAGGUUGUGAUUCCUGUGGUCUCUGUCCAACUAAUAAAAAAGCACAAAACAGCCCGGUUGUUGCCAAAUGGACUCGCGAUCACCACCAACGCCAGCAGAAAAUACAUCUUUGUGUCCCUCAUUUCCCGAGACAGCGUCUAUGAUGUUUUGCGGCGAGUCUGCACCCACUUACAGGUCUCCAGCAAAAAAAGUCUGAGUUUGAAAGAGCUCAUUGAAAAGCCAGAUGCAGUAUCCUUGGAGGUCAUUGUCCCAGAGCUGAAGUGGAGACGGAGGUCCUCGGCGUCACUCUCCCUCACCCUCCCAGAUUCUGGCUUCCAGUGUAUCCACCGAACUUCGAUCAGCAACCUCAGUGCUAAGGACAACUCCUGCAACUCGGAGGAGCCCCUGGCAUCAGAAAGUACAAUAAACUCUGAGGAAGAAGAGGAGGAGGAGGAAUUAGUAGUGGACCAAAGCGACAAAGCAGAAUUGAGACCAGCUGAUUAUCAGCUGCUGAAAAUCUUCAUAGUGUUAAUCUGCCUUUUGGUGUUGUCCUCAUCGUACUUGGCCUUCCGAAUUUUCCGGCUGGAGCAGCAACUCUCCUCCUUGAACCAGGAUUACUUUUCCCGAGUAUCUCAAAGAUGAUUGUAGCACAAGGAAGAUUGGAGAAGAUCAAACUUCACUUUAACUUGGGUCCAAGUAGGUAACGUGGCUGCUAUGAAGAUGGGGCAAGUGGUUCUCUCUCCAUUCUUGUUGGACCAAAGCAGUGAGGAACACCUUAGGUGGUUCCUCGCCUCCAAGAACCCCGUCGGAGACUUCACACGUUGCAUCAACUCUGCUAGAACAUCUUCCAGGCUGUUAGGGAUGCUUAUGGCCAUCGCCAAAAAGGUUCUGGCUAAGUUGGCCCAAGAGGGGCAAGUUCCAGGCCACAAUAUCAGAGGUGAUCCUCCUCAGCUCUGACAAAGUUAUGGGACUUAACUCUCAACAAGUGCCAGCAACGUUGGAGAUUGCACUAGAGGACUUCUCCCAAGUCCUUCCUUGCACUUUGGAACAGCAGCGUUUAGAAGGCUGCGCUUGCCAGUGGACUUCGUGGCUCUUGGGACACCAUCUCCAAGGGGCUCUUUGAGAUGCCAGAGACAUGGCUGGUUUCUCCUCUGGAGAGGGUUCCUCCAGGGCGCGGUUGGUGCCAGCAUUCACGCCCUCUUUUCCUGUGGAAGGCGGGUGGCCGGAUAGUUACUGCUCCUGCAAUGAAAACACAGCCAGUCAAUGAAGAUGACUAGUCAAUCAUCUUUUACUAAGGAUGAGUAGGAGUUUGGAGCUGUCCCGUCUCUGCCCUUUCACAUCCCAGUAUUCUGAGUUCUCCUUAGGACCAAUCUUCUUGCACUAACGAGAGUCUUCUGACCCGGAGCAAUGCCGCUGUGGCAAUUUGCACCCCUGCUACCUUUCCAGAGCCAAAGUGACUUUUGAGUGGAUGAGCCUCUCGGCUGCUAGGGAAGCCCUGCGUUCUUACGGACUGGAGCCAUCCGCACGCGCAGAGCUGUUGGGUAGGCAGCCACAUCAGGCUCUUGCCGGAAAAGUAACCGUAAAAGAAGCUUCUCGCUGACGGAGUUGGGAGCCCAAAAUGCACUUCCCGUUGGUCUGCCUCCUUAAAUAGAAACCGUAGCUUGGCUUUGAUGGGCUACAAAAGCACGGGAGAGGAGCAGGGCAGAGAAGAGACAGCCCCACCAAGUAGACCAGACGGUGAAAUCAACUUUACAGGAUGAUUACAAUUAUUUUGAGACUGGCUGUACUAAUUAUAAUCCCCUCCCCCUUCUUCUAGUUCACUAGGGAGGUGUCUGUCUGAGCCACUUCCAGAUGGUAUCUGGAUGAAUGGAUGGAUGCCUGUCUCCAUCAGGGUCAUCUUCCUUCUCUGUACAGCCUCCGGUCAGCCGCAACCCAGCAACAGGGUGAGAAAACUUAGUUGUUCGGCCCCGGAAGACCUAUUGGGGGCCAAGUGGGGGAUUGGGCCAGGAAAUUUCCAUCAGGAAAAGGAUCUGCUGGAGAGAAGCUGUGGGGUUGGAGCUGGAGACCAAAGUCACCUCUGAAGGGAGGGCCGGGUCUUCCGCUGAGCAUCUCCUAGGAACGGAUAGAGAGGGAGGGAAGUAUUGAAGAGUAAUGGACUCGGCACCAAUGAGCAGAUGGUCUCCUGACAUAGAGCAAACCCCUCUAUGGUCCUCCCAGUUUGUCCUACAGGGCUGCAGGAGGACCUGUGGGGGUUUAUGGAUGGGAGGCAAAUGACACUCCUGUUGGCAGCUAGUUGGGUGUGAACAAAACAUGGAAAAAGUGGGGCAUUGAUGGAAAGACGCUGCGGUGUCCCCCAGGGGGCUUCCGAGCAGCUGAAGGUCAUUUCAUCAGCAUCACUGGAGAGAAGCAGCCAUCACGGCUUCUCCUCCUUCCCAGGGACCAGCCGGGCUGCUGGACAGCUGUCGGUGUCUUCUUUAGCAAUAAGGUCUCAGGUGUUUAUGCAACUUCUUUUCACGAGAACCUCCCACCUUGUGGCUGGGAAUGUGUAACACUGAUUUAUCGGUCUGUUUUUUUUGGGGGGGGGAGAAGCGCUGCUAGGACAAGGACCCUGUUUCAUUGACCAGUGAGCGGGUUUGCAAGACCAAAAAAAAAAAAAUCUAUGGCCAGCAGGCAAAGACCGAUCAGGUAAGGCUGGCAAGAAGGCAGAGUAAUUAGGAAAUGCUCACAAACCUAGGUUAUGCCAAGGAGAGCUUUGCUGAGCCCGCUGUCCUUUGAAGGUGUUUGUGCAUCUGGAUGGGGAAAGAAAUUUAGGUUGCCCCUUCGCUGCAGUUAUUUUUUCUGUCGUGUUUGCAAGAUUUAGCAGCUGUCAGGAGCUCAAAAUCCAGUUUGCACUUGAGCUGUUUCCUUUCAUUCUUUAACAACACCCGUCUAUCCUACCGAAGAUAAUUACGGGAGGCACUUUGAAUACAGUAGAAAGGCACGAUAUAAAUGCACAGUAUUGUUAUUGUGAAUGUCGUCGUUUUUAUUUCUUUUCAAAAAAUAUUCAGGAUAACUGCCUCAGGACAUUUUGGGGGUGUUGUCCUCUACGAGACCUAGGCUAACUAUGGCAGCAAGGGAAAUACAAAGGACCAGCAAAAGCUUAGCAAAGCUUCAGACCGUUUUGCCAUCCUGGGCUGCAGAAUUGUGUAAAACGGAUUCCCGUUUUCGGCUGAAAGGCCAUCAGUUUGGGAUGGCUACUGAAAGCGUAAAGCCAGAAGCCAAUUUUUUAAAAAAUCUGACACCUUAGAUAAAUUUGAGAACACCAAUCCCAGUCACUAUGAAAAUCCAAUUAUUAUUUUUUCUAUGGUUACAUUGUUGGUACUUAUGAGUACUUCCCGUUUUGCCUAAAAAAAAAAAUUAUUUAAAAUGUGAGAAACCAUCAUAUGAACUAUAUUUAAGUUUAAAUUAAAGUUAAGGUAUCAUUCUUUGGUGUAUGAUUCCUAACAGGUUGGUUUCUUUGGGUCCACAAGAGCCUGACUAAGGUGGAAUUGAAUGGCUGGGUUUAUGUGUUGUGCGAUGUUUUGAGUUGCUUUAACUGCGGUUUUUAUAAGCAGAAAGACCUGAAGUCAUACAACAACAUACUGUAAAGACCAAAAUAAUUCAGUUAGGAUUGUUGUAAGUCUAGGACAGGGGUGGGGAACCUUGGCUCUUUUAUGACUCGUGGACUUCAACUCCCAGAAUUCCUGAGCCAGCCAUGCUGAGGGGAAAGGGAGAGGUUUCCAAGCUGAGCCAUGCCGGCUCAGGAAUUCUGGGAGUUGAAGUCCACGAGUCAUAAAAGAGCCAAGGUUGCCUACCCCUGCUCUAGGACUACCUGUACUGAAGUUCAUAUCCUGAAAUCUGGAGACCUGCAGUGUUAUUGCAAUCUUGCAGCUGGGGGAAAAAUUACCUCUUUUCUAAAUGCCAAAACCUCGUGAGAUUGCCAAACCUUGGGAGCUGAUAGUAUUCUUUAAAAUAUUACUGUGUUUAAUUCCGGAGGCCCACGGAUGUCACCUGCUUGUAUAUGUGUGCCAUGGUGCCCGCAACACUGACUUUCUGACUCUG